AUGGCAACGGUAGCAUUAAAAUGUCCGUUUUUGGCUCAGUUAACAUUGCAACAAGUUCGAAAUUCUGCUCAACAUAUUUUAAACGUCGGCUCAACAAGUUGUCCAUAUUACAGUAAAUUAGUAAGAAAAAAUAGCGUAUAUACUGGCACACAGCACUCUGAAACAGCACGUCCAAUGCCUUCAAUGCCAUACACUCACGAGGAAAUUAUGACAGUUCAUAAGCAAAUUAUCAAUGAACAAAAACAGUCGUUAGCGGUGAAGCCAAUGCAUGAAUUACCAAAGAAACAAUCAACAGCAGCACCGAAAGAACCGUACCCACAUUCCUAUGGAGACAUUAUUAUUUCAACGGAAUGUCAAGAUCUACAAUGUCCAUUUCUUAAAAAAACACCAAUUAUGCUCAAACGAACCCCCCUGGAUGAAGAUACAAUUGAAAUUAACGAAAAUUUCGGAAAAACAGCAACAGUAACAACAGUAGAAGCAUCGAAACCAAAAUCAUUUGAAUAUCAGGCAUUUUUUAACGAGAAAAUUGAAGAGAAAAAACGUGACAAUUCCUAUCGUAUAUUUAAACGUGUUCAACGGCAAAGUGGUUUAUUUCCACAAGCAGAAGAAAAGACGGACGAUGAUACACGGUUGAUUACUAUAUGGUGUAGUAACGAUUAUUUAGGUUUAGGACAACAUCCGAAACUGAAAAGAGCAGUUAUAUCAACUAAAUGUUUUUUAAUGUAUAGAGAUACUGUUAACAUGCACGGAUCAGGCUCAGGUGGUACACGAAAUAUAUCUGGAACAACUCCGUUACAUGAUAAUCUUGAAAAAUUAUUAGCACGUUUACAUCAGAAAGAAGCUGCCUUGUUAUUUACAUCUUGUUAUGUGGCAAAUGAUACAACAUUAUUCACACUAGCAAAAUUAUUACCAAAUUGUCAAAUAUUUUCUGAUAGCGGUAAUCAUGCAUCGAUGAUACAAGGCAUACGAAAUAGUCAAGUGCCGAAGCAUAUCUUUCGACACAAUGAUAUUGAACAUCUAGAACAUUUACUUAAGAAAAUACCACAACAUGUACCAAAAAUAGUCGCAUUUGAAACUGUACACUCAAUGGAUGGUUCCAUUUGUGAUUUGGAAUCGAUGAUUGAUGUAGCCCAUCGGUAUGGUUCAAUAACAUUUAUUGAUGAAGUACAUGCUGUUGGUCUUUAUGGUGAAAAUGGAGCAGGUGUAGGUGAACGUGAUCAGGUACUACAUAAAAUGGACAUUAUCUCUGGUAAAGCUUUUGGAAGUAUUGGUGGUUACAUAGCGAGUACAUCAAAAAUGACCGAUUUUAUAAGAAGUUAUGGUUCAGGUUUUAUCUUUACAACAUCUUUACCGCCAACAGUAUUAGCUAGUGCUACCGCUGCCAUUGAGAUUUCAAUGAGUGAUGAAGGGCGCUAUUUGCGUCAGAAACAGCAAGAAAAUGUUUGUGAAUUACGAUCAAAGUUGAUUGAUGCUGGUUUACCCGUUAUGGUUGCUCCUAGUCAUAUUAUUCCGAUACAUGUUGGAGAUGCAGCAAUAGCUACUGAAUUAUGUAAUGAUUUAUUAAGCAAAUAUUCACUAUACAUUCAAUCAAUUAAUUAUCCAACAGUUGAACGUGGCACUGAACGUUUACGUAUAGCUCCCACGCCACAUCAUACAUCAGCAAUGAUUGAUUAUCUCGUUCAAUCUUUAACACAUGUAUGGCAAAAUAUUGGUCUUCAACUUACACAAGACAAUGAACGAAUUGCAACAAGACAACAUGGAUGA